AUGGUAAGAGAAACUAGUAUAAGCGAAUUCUAUAAGAAGCUUAGGGCUGCUGCACGAACAGCUAUAUCCCAUUACCCUUUGCACAUAUACCCAUCAACAACAGAUGCAGAUUCACUCUGUGCACUCAAGAUUAUAAUCUCAAUUUGUGCAAAAGAUGGCCUCAGAUAUUCAUGCUUUCCAGUUUCAUCAUUUGAAGAUCUGAUUGAAUUAGCGGGCAAAAAAUUGAUUUCACAGAAUGACCCACUGGCUGUUUUGCUCAUAAAUUGUGGAAGUUCAGAGGAUUUAAGAAGAUUUUUUAAGUUGGGUCCCAAAAUUAGGAUGUUUGUCAUAGAUAGCCAUCGCCCAAUUCACUUGCACAAUCUCCAUAAACUUAAUAAGAAUGUAAUUGUGCUCUAUACUCGAGAAGAUGAGAAUCAUGGGGAUUUGGCUUAUGAUUUUGAUGUCUCUGCUCUGGCAAAUACUGCAGCUUUUGACAGUGAUGAUGAUGAGGAAGGAGAUGAUAGUGAGAGUGAUGACUCUGAUGACAGUGAUGAAGAGGAGAAUAGAACCAGCAAGAGGAGGAGAUUGGGCGAAAGUGGAGAAGAUGAUAUUGCAGCAAUGAAAUUGUUGAAGAAAUGCAGGAGCAAGUAUUACAGAUCAGGCAAAUUUUAUGGUAGGCCUUCUGGGAUGUUGAUGUUUGACAUGGCUUACUUGACCCACACCAACACUGAUGAGUUGCUUUGGUUGGCAUGUGUUUCUCUGACUGAUCAGUUUGUCCAUGACAGAAUCACAAAUGAAAGAUAUAUAUCUGGGGUUAUGGAACUUGAACAGCAUGUGAACAGUGCAGGGCAUUUAGAAAUGGUAACUUCUGCUACUCUCAAGGAUGGUACAAAGGUCAGGGCUCCAGAUCAUUGCAGAAUAACAUACCAAGAGGAACCUAAGGUUGUGCUUCUGAGAGAGUGGAAUCUGUUUGAUUCAAUGCAAUGCUCACCCUAUGUUGCAACAAAGCUCAAGACAUGGAGUGAGAAUGGAAUGAAAAGAAUGAAGUUGCUGCUUGCACAGAUGGGUAUUCCUCUGACAGAAUCACAGCAGAAGUUCAGGUACAUGAGUAGGGAUUCCAAGAAGAGACUCAAGCUGGAGAUUGAGAAGUUCUCUUCACAGUAUGGGCUUAAUGAUCUCUACUACAGAAGCUUCCAAAGGCACCAUGGCUAUACAUCUCAGAUCUGUGCUGCUGAUUUUGUAUGUGGAGUGACUGCUCUAAUAGAGUCAUGGAGAGAUGAGAGCAAGAAAUCCAUUUCAGAGCAGUUCUGGUUAGCAUGUUCUUGCCUUUCUUUGAGCAAUUUGGGGGAACUAGAGAAGGGAUUAAAGAUGGGUGUUGCUGUUCAGAGCUCCAUUUUUAGGCAGGGAAGCUUUGCCAUGACUAAGAGGGGUUUUAUCAAGAGCACAAGAGGAUUCAGGUGGAUUAGGCUUGAGGAUUCAGGGGAUGUGAGUUUGAUGUGCUAUCCUCAAGCUCUGAUAAGGUUUUGCCACUUUGUGAUUGAUGCAUUGAGGGAGAAGGGGACAAAGACCAAGCCUCUGGUGUGUGCCUGUCCAUUUCCUAGGAGUAAGAAUGUUCUUCUUGUGGGUGUGAGCCAGAGGCCUGUUUUGGGUGCUCACUUUGGUAAUCUGUUUGGGCUUGCAUUCAGAGCUGUGGCAAAAGAAAUUGGUGAAGAAUAUGGGCACUUUGGAUUUGAUUCUUCAUGGAUCAAAAUAGAUUUUCAGAAUGUCAAUGCCUUCAUGCAAAAAAUCGCAGAAAAGUUUUAG